AUGAAACUCCUUCUGCUGAUCACUCUGCUCAUAGUAGGACCCUUGUCCUCUGGCAUCAGCCCUCGGGUUGUGUGGCAGUUCUGAAAUAUGAUCAAGUGCCCGAUGACUGUUGAUCCCUUGUUGGACUACAACAACCAUGGCUGCUACUGUGGCUUGGGGGUCUCAGGCACUCCGGUGGAUGAGUUAGACAGAUGCUGCCAGACUCUUCACAAUUGCUACGGUCAGGUCAUGAAGAUGGAAAGCUGCAAAUCCCUCAUAGAGAACCCCUACACCAGCGCCUACUCAUUCUCAUGUUCUAAGAAUGAGGUCACCUGCAGUGACAAAAACAAUCCCUGUGAGAACUUCAUCUGCAACUGUGACCGUGAGGCCGCCAUCUGCUUCUUUCAGAAUUCAUACUAUUGAAUACAAAACGGUUGACUAUUAGACUUAUGACCUCAGUGACUGCCUACACCAUCCCUGCCUGCCUGGUUGUGGUCGCUACUCACUGCCCCCUCUAAUAAAGCACAUAUAGAAAGAA